ACACAAACAAACUCGAUCUAGAGAGAGAGAGAGAGAGAAAGGCAUGCAGGGCGCUACUAUCGCAUUCGCCCCUUCAAUUUCUCUCCCCGGCGGCUCCCGCAAAUUCGCCGCCGCUAGAUUCAGUCCGCUACCUAUCUCCCACUCGAAACGACUGCGUUUAAUCAACGCUCCGCAUCUGUCAUUUUCGGCCGCUUCUUCGGGUUGGAAAUUGAGUCCGAUUGGAUGUUCGCUGAAGCAGAGCAGCUGGAUUUCGGAGCCGGAUCCUGGUAGUUUGGAGACCGAUUCCGACGAUGGCGUUAGGGUUCAGGCUGCGGCGGCGAGCGCCGGAGAGGCGGGGAUUCCGAAUUCUAAGAAUUUUGAGGAUACUUUGGUGCUCGGAACUCUUUUCGUGCUAUGGUUCCUUUUCAAUAUCUACUUCAACAUCUAUAACAAGCAGGUGCUCAAAGUUUUUCAUUACCCGCUUACAGUUACUCUAGUUCAAUUCGCUUUUGGGGCUGCACUUGUUACUCUGAUGUGGACCCUGAAUCUCUACAGACGGCCUAAAAUUAGUGGUGCACAGCUUGCAGCAAUUCUUCCACUGGCGGUGGUGCAUACGUUAGGCAACCUCUUCACUAACAUGAGUCUUGGAAAAGUUUCCGUUUCAUUCACUCACACUAUUAAAGCUAUGGAGCCUUUCUUCUCAGUUGUCCUGUCCGGAAUGUUUUUGGGCGAGUCUCCUACACUAUGGGUCGUUGCCUCUCUUGUACCAGUCGUCGGUGGAGUUGGUUUGGCGUCAAUGACUGAGGCCUCUUUUGAUUGGGUUGGUUUUUGGAGUGCCAUGGCCUCAAAUUUGACAAAUCAAUCGCGCAAUGUCCUUAGCAAAAAGCUUAUGGUUAAGAAAGAGGAAUCUCUAGACAAUAUCACACUCUUCUCAAUAAUUACUAUCAUGUCCUUCAUCUUGAUUGCCCCUGUUGCGCUUUUCGUGGAAGGCGUUAAGUUCACACCUUCUUAUCUUCAAGCUGCUGGAGUAAAUGUCCAAGAUAUUUACACUAGGUCACUCGUGGCUGCUCUCUGCUUCCACGCAUAUCAGCAGGUUUCUUACAUGAUAUUGCAGCGCGUAUCUCCUGUUACCCACUCCGUCGCUAACUGUGUUAAGCGCGUGGUGGUUAUCGUGACAUCUGUUCUCUUCUUCCGCACGCCAGUUUCACUCAUUAAUGCGAUAGGUACCGGAAUUGCCCUUGCUGGGGUCUUCAUCUACUCGAGAGUAAAGCGCAUUAAGCCAAAGACUGAUUGAAAAAAAAAAAUUCUCCAGUGGAACAAAUUUGCUGAUCUUUUUGUGAUUUUAGAUUAGAAAUCAAUCAAUCGUAGUCCAAACUCUUAGCUUUGAGUUGCAUGGGAUUUUACUCGAGGCCCAAAUGAAUUUGUUCAUAGGCGUCAGAUCUUUGUCGAGGCUCCGGGUUAUGAAUUCUUGUUCAUACCGGUUAGAUUUCACCAUUCUAUCUUUGGCCAUUUUUUGGUGAAAAUUCACAAGUAGUUUUGAAUUUUGAUAUUGUAUAUCAUGUUCCUCAAAUUAGUAGAGCUCUUAAAAAAGGUUUCGUGAUUUUACGCGCUAUAUUCAAAACUUAUUCAUAUUGAUAAUAUAUUUAUGUCGGUAAAUC